AUGGGCAGCCCCUGGAACCGCAGCCACGGCCCCGAAGGCGCGCGGGAGCCGCCGUGGCCCGCGCUGCCGCCGUGCGACGAGCGCCGCUGCUCGCCCUUCCCGCUGGGCGCGCUGGUGCCGGUGACGGCCGUGUGCCUGGGGCUCUUCGCCGUCGGGGUGAGCGGCAACGUGGUGACCGUGCUGCUGGUCGGCCGCCGCCGCGACCUGCGCUCCACCACCAACCUGUACCUGGGCAGCAUGGCCGUGUCCGACCUGCUCAUCCUGCUCGGCCUCCCCUUCGACCUGUACCGCCUCUGGCGCUCGCGCCCCUGGAUCUUCGGGCCGCUGCUGUGCCGCCUGUCGCUGUGCCUGGGCGAGGGCGGCACCUACGCCACGCUGCUGCACGUGACGGCGCUCAGCGUCGAGCGCUACCUGGCCGUCUGCCGCCCGCUGCGGGCCCGCGUCCUCGCCACCCGCCGCCGCGUCCGGGCGCUCAUCGCCGCGCUCUGGGCCGUGGCGCUGCUCUCCGCGGCGCCCUUCUUCUUCCUGGUGGGCGUCGAGCAGGACCCCGCCCCUUCCGCGGCCCCGACCCCGAACGGCACCGCAGGGGCGGCCCCUUCACCCCCUACCUCGCGGGCGCAGUCCCUGACCCCGCCGUCGGGGCCCGAGGCAGCGGAGGCCGCCGCGCUCUUCAGCCGCGAGUGCCGGCCGAGCCGGGCGCAGCUGGGCGCGCUGCGCGUCAUGCUGUGGGUCACCACCGCCUACUUCUUCCUGCCCUUCCUGUGCCUCAGCGUCCUCUACGGGCUCAUCGGGCGCCAGCUCUGGACCAGCCGGGGGCCGCUGCGGGGCCCGGCCGCCUCGGCGCGGGAGCGGGGUCACCGGCAGACGGUCCGCGUCCUGCUGGUGGUCGUUCUGGCCUUUAUAGUCUGCUGGUUGCCAUUCCACGUUGGCAGGAUCAUUUACAUAAAUACAGAAGACUCCCGGAUGAUGUAUUUCUCCCAGUACUUUAACAUCGUUGCUUUGCAACUUUUCUAUCUGAGCGCAUCCAUCAACCCAAUCCUCUACAACCUCAUUUCAAAGAGGUAUAGAGCAGCGGCCUGCAAACUGCUGCUUUCCAGACAGCCCGGUCAAAGAGGUCUCUGCAGAAGCAGGGACCCUGGGGGAGCCACUGGGGGAGACACAGCUGGCUGCACGGAGACCCCCGCUAACAUGAAGACGGCAGCAUAA